AGCGUUUGAACUUCCACUAGGUAUUUUGUGUGACAAAUUCACCAUGGAUCCUUCAACCGGCAGGGGAAUCGACGGCAAAAAUGCAUUGGGAGCGGAGCAAGUAAGCGUAGUGAACACAAUUGAUUAUUGUUCAUCGGCGGGGCAAGGCCAAGAACAAAGGGAUGUGCAAAUAACCCACCAACCCCAUCCCAAGGGCGACAAUCCCACGUCAAGCGGAGGCUUACUGGCCGAAGCUGCCGCUUUAGUUGUGUCUACCCUUGAAUCCGCUAAGGAUGUCAUCGCUGGGAAAUGAAGCCAAUCGUUGGAUUAUUGGAUGUAGAAGAUGGAUAGUUUCUUCUCCUUAACAAAAGUUUCUAUUUCUUGAGAAUCAAUUCUAAGAUGCUGUUGGUCCCCCCUAGAGUGUCUGGAAUCAAUUCCUUGUACUGAAUUCAGGAUAUUUUCCUAUCAGUUUAUUGCUCUCUCAUGAU